CCUUUGAGUCUCUCUAGACUCUGGGCCUCUCUGCGCAUUUUCUCUGCGGUUAUAAAUUUACGAUAAACCAAAAGCAGAACACAAUCUCUUCACUUCCUCUCUCUGUUUCUAGAACCGGAUCGAAGCCUCAGCUCGGUCGUGUUGGCUUGGCUCUUGUCUUGUUUCCUAUGAAAUGUAGUUCGUUGUAUAAUCGGAAUUAUCGAUAAUGGCGAAGAUUCAUCAAAACAAUGUCAGAUCCUUAGUACUCGACAACAACCACCACCACCACCACCACCAUCAUCAGUAUCGUCUCUGGACCGCCUUCUCCGCCGCUGCAUUCCGUCGAAAAAUCUUCGACGCCGUUAGUUGUGGCGGCACUUCUCGGUUUCGUCAAGAGUUUCGAGAAGAUGAUACCUCAAAUGAGAAGACACAACAAGAGAAGAAGAAACCAGAACGGCAAAAACAGGAAAAGCUGAAACAACGAAAAGGUUCAGAGAAGCUAUCAGAUCUUCUGAAUUUGGCUGACGUGGAAAGCGAAACUACGGAGAGUGAAACGAGAAAGAAAGAGGAAGCUCUGGAGGAGUUGAAACGUGUGGUGAAGGAGCUACAGGUUGAAGAUGAUGAAGUGAAACGAAGAGAAGCUGCCAAGAAAGUAAGAUCACUUGCGAAAGAAAAUUCAGAAGCAAGAGUCACUCUUGCUAUGCUAGGAGCCAUUCCUCCUUUAGCUGGAAUGCUUGAUUUUGAAGAUGUUGAUUCUCAAAUCUCUGCUCUCUAUGCUCUUCUUAAUCUUGGGAUCGGCAAUGACAUGAAUAAAGCAGCCAUUGUCAAAGCAGGAGCUGUGCACAGAAUGCUACUGUUAAUCGACUCUCCAAAUGCUCCAAACCCUUCAGUUUCAGAAGCAAUUGUAGCGAAUUUUUUGGGUUUGAGUGCAUUGGAUGCGAAUAAGCCUAUCAUUGGAUCUUCAGGGGCUGUCCCAUUCUUGGUGAGGACCCUGAAGAAUUUGGAUAACCGUAGUAGUUUACAAGCUAAACAGGAUGCGCUUCGAGCUCUAUACAAUCUCUCGAUAUUUCUAGGAAACAUUUCAUAUAUUUUAGAAACUGAUUUGAUCUCAUCUCUGUUGAACACAUUGGGUGAUAUGGACACAAGUGAAAGAAUUCUAUCCAUUUUGAGCAAUGUUGUAUCAACCCCAGAAGGUCGGAAAGCAAUUAGUGUGGUGCCUGAUGCUUUUCUGAUUUUGGUUGACGUUUUGAAUUGGACCGAUUCACCAGGGUGCCAGGAGAAAUCAUCCUACAUUUUGAUGGUGAUGGCACAUAAGUCAUAUGGAGAUAGACAGGCCAUGAUUGAAGCUGGAAUCUCAUCAUCAUUGCUUGAAUUAACACUUUUGGGAACCACAUUGGCCCAGAAGAGAGCUUCAAGGAUUUUGGAAUGUUUGCAAGUUGAUAAAGGUAAGCAAGUUUCAGAGAGUUAUGGUGGGAAUUUGGGCGCCACAGUUUCAGCUCCCAUUUACGGAUCUUCAUCAGCAUCUACUAAUACAAACGGGGUUACGAUUGCGAAGGAGUGCUUGGAAGACGAAGAAGACAUGAUGAGUGAGGAGAAGAAAGCUGUAAAACAAUUAGUCCAACAAAGUUUGCAGAAUAACAUGAGAAGAAUUGUUAAAAGGGCCAAUUUGCCACAAGAUUUUGUUCCAUCAGAACACUUCAAGUCCCUCACAGCUAGUUCAACUUCCAAGAGCUUACCAUUUUAAUUGAAGAUGAGAACUUGAAAAGUCAUCAGGAUUAAAAAAGUACAAAAUGCGCUGGUGGGCAUAAAUAAAAUCAUCCGAAUUCUUCAACCCAUUGAGGUGCGUGUGUGUGUGUGUGUGUAUAUAUAUAUAUAUAAUGAUGUUUAGUGGGAUAUAUUUAAUAAAUUUUUUCAUCUUUUGAGCGCUAUCUUCUUUUUUCUUCUUUCUUGUUAAAUUGGUUUUUUGCUCUUAGCCUGAACUUUAAAAAUGCUGUUGUAAAUAUUAGAUGUGGUAAUGCAAUUAUGCCCUUCCAUUA